UUCGACCAAUGAGAAGAGGUGUGGGUGUUGAGUGUCUCCGUCCUCACUGUAUACAGUAGCGUGAGCCUCCCGUGCCCUCAGAUGACCAGACCGAGAGAGCAGAAUAACCUCCCAGCAGACCGCCUCUGAGCUACGACCUCGGAGCCCCAGAACACCGCCUCUCGGCUCCAGGUUCCGGCUCUAGUCCGGGGGACCUCUGCUUUUACACCCCGCCCGUUGGCACUUUUAUGGAUAUGAAGAAACGGACUUCCUGAGACCUGCCGUUUUUAAUUGUAUAAGCCACAAUAGAGAAGUCCUUCCGUGCCCCGUCCCCGGACCGAGAUGUCGGUGUCUCUGAGCCUCCCCGCCAAGGGCUUCCCCCCCGCCCACCUGCUGAAGGCAGACCCCCUCUUCUACCCGGGGCCCCACUACAUGAUCCAGGACAUCUUCACGGGCCCCAACAGCCUGCUGCACCCCCACCACCAGCAGCACCCCCUCAAGUCUCUGGGACGGCUCGUGUCGGACACUCAUCACCUCGCCGCGGCCAUGCCCCGCAACUUCGCCGGAGGACCUGCCCCGUCCCACUUCGCCCUCCACAACAACAACAACAGCAGCCUUAACAACAGCCUCAACCACAGCAGCCACGGGGGCUGCAGCGUGGGGUCCAUGCUCCACGAACAGUUCCUCACCAUGUCCUCCGGGGGGGUUCCGUUUCCGGGCCACAUCCCCGGGCAGAACCCCCACCACGUGUACCCCAAACACGAGGAAGAGGAGGAGAGGGGGGCUUCCGCCGGGACGGACCUCCUCCUCCAUCACUACCCCCACCAACACCACCACCAGCUCCAUCACCGCCCCCCCCCUCGCUCUGUGUCGUCGGACCUGAGCAGCAGCCCCUCCAGCGAGCGGUCCGCCGCCUCCUCGGUGUCCCCGCCCAAGGAGGGAUUCUCCCGGCUUCGGGCGUCGACGACCUCCGCCAACCGGACACGGAUGACGUCGACCCCCCGCGGCGCUGCAUCGCCGACCCGGGUAUAUAACUUCAGUGAGGACGACCUGUUCACGGUUCUGUACGGGACCCCCCGGGACGCGCAGAGCGCCGGCCGUGCGGUGUCGCCCGGGAUGAGCGGGAUAUCCGGUGAGGGAAUAUCAACGACGGGGAAUUCAGUCAAUCAGAAGCGACCGCCGGACACGGAAGCGCUUGAUCUCCCAGCAGGCCUCACCGUCCUGCAGACCAAGUGCGCGAACGCGUCCCCGUUCGGCGUCUUCACGGCGGACCACAGCGGCGUCCCCAAGGGCGCGCGCUUCGGCCCCUUCCAGGGGAAGCUGGUGAACACGAGCGAGAUCAAGACCUUCGACGACAACACGCUCAUGUGGGAGGUGUUUGAGAACGGCCGGCUGAGUCACUUCGUGGACGGUCGGGGCGGCGCGGGGAACUGGAUGUCCCUGGUGAAGUGCGCGCGGUUCCCGGAGGAGCAGAACCUGAUCGCGGUGCAGGUGCAGGGCCAGAUCUUCUACGAAGCGUGCCGGGAGGUCCCGCCGGGCGAGGAGCUGCUCGUGUGGUACGGGGACUGCUACGUGCAGUUCCUGGGGAUUCCCCUCACGCUCCGGGGGUCCGCGGAGAACAGCGGCCCCCCUCUGUCCACCGAAGACUCCGGGGAGGGCUUCAAGUGUGACCGCUGCGGGAAGGUGUUCGCCUACAAGUAUUACCGGGACAAGCACCUCAAGUACACGCGCUGCGUGGACCAGGGCGACCGGAAGUUCCCGUGCCACCUCUGCACCAGGUCCUUCGAGAAGAGAGACCGCCUGCGCAUCCACAUACUGCACGUGCACGAGAAGCACAGACCCCACAAGUGCUCUGUGUGCGCGAAGAGCUUCUCCCAGUCGUCCAGCCUCAACAAACACAUGCGCGUGCACUCCGGGGAGCGGCCGUACAAGUGCGUCUACUGCAACAAGGCCUUCACCGCCUCCAGUAUUCUGAGGACGCACAUCCGCCAGCACUCGGGCGAGCGGCCGUUCAAGUGUAAGCACUGCGGGAAGGCCUUCGCGUCGCACGCCGCCCACGACAGCCACGUCCGCCGCACGCAUGCGCAGCUCAAGGCCUUCCCAUGCGGGGUGUGCGGCGCGUCGUUCCUGGAUGAGCAGGAGAUGAAGUUUCACAUGCAAAACCACAUAAAGAGACCGCAUUUGGAAAACCCAGUUCUCCCCGUGUCGUCGUCCCGGACGGAUUAGACGGGCUCAUGGUCCUAACCAGAGACACCCCGACCCCACAGACACCGAGCGGGCAGGGGUUAAUUGACAGCGUUUUAAAGGCGUCUCAUCUUGAGUACCGACCCUGGAACUAGGGAUCCUGUUUAUCUACUCAAUGGGUGAAAUUAUAUUUAUUUGCUGCUUAAAACCAAAAAUCGUAAAAAUAUUAUUCUAUGUUAUUAUUUAAAAAGGCGUGAUGACAAUGUGAUUUCUGUUAUAUGUAUUGUUAUCUAUAUGUGCCAAUCUGUGGGUGUGUCUAGCAUAUAGCUGCGUUUUAUUUUGCUGUCUGUUUAUUUGUUUUUUAUUUGUGGCUAAAAGCCUUGGAGUAAAUGUGUUGAUAAUUAUAAUUGUAUUAUUAUUAAUAUAGCUAAAUCCAGAAGAUUUGAAUGCGUUGAAGAUGGCUUUAAAAGCAAAAUUUGAAUGCAGAAUUGUUCUAGCUAUUUGUAUAUAAGAUGAAUAAUUAAACAAAAAGCUACUCUACCAUACAUCUUAAUUUAUAAUUUUUACAAAUACUUUUUACUGUAAUGUAGGUCUACUAAAGCAUUUUAAU